AUGCGGCUACAAGCCCAGGAACACCAUCGUGGGGGGCUUGGCACAGCUGCAGGAGUGAGCAACGCCGAGGUGCGGCAGCCGGGAAAGUCCCCCCCCUUCAGCGUGAACUGGGUCGUGGGCAGCGCGGACCUGGAGAUUAUUAAUGCGACCACGGGGAGGAGGAGCUGUGGGGGCUCGUCGCGGCUCUGCAAGCACGUGUUCUCUGCCCGGUGGGCACGGCUGUAUGGUAGGCUGAGCACGCGGAUACCAAGCCACGGGGACACGCCCUCCAUGUACUGUGAGGCCAAGUGGGGGGCGCACGCCUACCAGUCUGUGAAACAGCAGCUGUUUAGGGCUUUUCAGAAAGCCGGUCUGGGCACCUGGGUGCGGAAGCCGCCAGAGCAAGAUCAGUUUCUACUGACUCUCUAAGUCACUGGACCCCUUUGCUACAUGACCAGAGAGGAACAUCUGGAGCAGACGCGUGUCUGCGGGGCCACAUUGUGUGUCGCUCAGCUCUCUGCAUUCCGCUUUCCUUUGGUGUCCCUGGAACACUCGCGUGUUCACUGUUUGGGUGAACACCUAGACUUGAACUGGGAACAUGCUGUUCCUCCCCGGGUUGCUUGUCCCAAACCCUGUCCACCACACCUAGAGGUGCAAGUCCUGUUGCGGUGGCUCCGUCUCUUCCUGGUAGUGUCAAAGGAAAAG